AUGGAGGACAAUGAAGAAGACACUGUCAGGAUUAUUGUUGUUACUUCAACAAACUACCAGAAUUCGGAGCCCACAGAGAACUGUGUGUUAGAAGUUAGUCCUUGUCUUACUCCCGACACUUUGAACGGCACCCGUCUGGUCUGGGACGAUAUGCAGCGCACUCUGGCGUUUGCUUGGGAACUCCAUGUUUAUGGAUCUGCCACUGUUCUGACGCAGGGCACGUUUUCUGACGUCAUCGUGGGAGUGUCUCGUGGAAGAAAUGAACGGUCAUCAACACAAUCCUCUCAGCGCCCAUCAUGUGAUUUUUCUAAAUGA